AUGAAGCCUUCUGGUGUGUCUGAGGAUCAGAUUAAGAUGCGUGCCUUCCUAUUUUCUUUGGAAAGUUCUACGAAGAAUUGGCUUCUUCGGUUACCUCCUGGAUUCAUUACUUCAUGGGACCAGCUGAAAAGGUUGUUUUUGGAAAAGUAUUUCCCAGCAUCUCGUACUUCCUCCAUCAGGAAGGAUAUUUGUGGUUGUCGACAAAUGUCUGGUGAAUCCUUAUAUGAGUAUUAUGAGCGCUUUAAGGCAUUGUUAUCUUGUUGUCCUCACCACCAAAUUUCAGAUACAUUGUUGAUUCAAUAUUUGCAUGAAGGGCUCUUGCCUCUUGAGAGAGAUUUACUAGAUUCUGCUGCUGGAGGUGCUCUUCUUGACUUGACUGUUGAAGCUGCUUGGAGAUUGAUUGAAAAGAAAGCUGAAAAUACCCAACAGUUUGGUACUAGGCAGCAAGCUAGAGUAAAUGAAGUUGGAUUGCAUUCAUCUUAUUCUGAGUCUCGCCUUGAGAGCAAAAUUGAUAAGUUAACAUCUGCUAUGGAGAAAAUGGUUGUAUUUCAGAUGAAAAACUCCCAAAAUAUGGCUCCUUCUGUGGGAUCUUCCUCUGCUUUCAUCCCACAAGCUGACUCUACAGCUCUAAUUGGGCCACUUUGCUCUAUUUACUCUCUAGCUACUCACACCACUGACUCUUGCCCUUACCUAAAUGAUGGAGUUGACUCGUGUAAUGCAGUAUACCACACUAAGCCUAUGACUCAAGGUGGCCAGAAAUAUGAUCCUUACUCAAAUACAUACAACCCUGGAUGGCGUGACCAUCCAAAUCUCAGAUAUGGGAGUGGCCAGCCUCAACAAUCACAGUUCAAUCAAGGCAUAAACUCUUCUGGUGGUAAAAUGUUCCAACAAGUUAGGCAAACUAUGCCCAAUCAAGAUGAGAGUUCAAAGUUAGAAGGCAUGAUGAAACUCCUGAUGGAUAAGUUUGAACAAAAGGAUUUGCAACAUAGCCAAGAAAUUCAGAAUCUUCAAACUCAAAUUGGGCAGUUAUCUAAUGCAUUUAGUAACAUGCAAAGUCAAGGCUCAGGGAAGUUGCCAUCUCAAGUAGUAGUUAACCCUAAUGUUGGCACCCAGCAGAAUCCUAACAUUGGUGGAAUUAAUGCUAUAUCUCUUAGAAGCGGAAAUUCAAUUACCUCUGCAGAUCCUGUCACUACCCAUGCUUCAACGAACAAGGAAGCUAUCAUUAAAGAUUCUCCCCCUGCUUCCACAUCGCAUAAUAAGUCCACUUUAUCAAUACCACAUGUGGCAUUGCAAGAAGAGCAAGAAAAAGAUGGGGAAGGGAAGAAAGUGAGUGAGCAAGUCUUACCUUUUCCUACAGGGGUGAUUAAGGCUGAAAGGAGAAAGAAAGAAGCUGAGAUGUUCAAAGAAGUUUAUGAUAUCUUCAAAAAGGUGGUAAUCAAUGUUCCAUUAGUUGAUCUAGUUGCACAAGUGCCUAAGUAUGCGAAGUUUUUGAAGGAGUUGUGUACCACCAAGAGAAGGCUUAAGCAUGAUGGCAAAGUUGACUUAGGGGCGGUUGUCUCCUCUCUUUAUCAAAUGCCAAUGCCAGUGAAGUGCAAGGAUCCUGGUAGCUUUCUCAUACCGUGCACCAUUGGUAACAUUGAGUUUUCAGAUGCUCUAGUAGAUCUAGGAGCGGCCAUCAAUGUCAUGCCAAAAUCAGUUUUUGCUCAACUUCAAGGUGUGGAUCUUAAGCCUACAAAUCUAAUCGCUUCUCUUGCUGACAGACACUGUGUAGUUCCAGAAGGAGUCUUGGAGGAUGUCUUGGUGAAGGUAAAAGAUCUCAUAUUUCCUGUAGACUUCUAUGUUCUUGAUAUGGAUGAUGCUAGAUUUAGGCAAAAGGGACAUUUAUCUUUGAUUUUGGGUAGGCCAUUUCUUAAGACUGCUAGGGCUAUGAUAGAUGUGCAUGCUGGUACUCUUACUAUGGAAUUUGCUGGUAAAAUCAUUAGAUUUGAUGUGCUUGACUCUAUGAGACAUCCCUGA